CACAGAUGCAACUUCUCCAUGCAAAUGAUGGCACCGCUCGAGCUGAGCCGCGUCUAACUGAAGGGGUCUGGCCACGCUGAAACAUGACGGGGCACAUCCUGGCUGAACCAGUCCACGGCUCUCGAGGUGAAGACACCUCUGCCAUUCGCAUCAACGUGGGAGGUUUUAAGAAACGUCUUCAAUCUGACACUUUAUCCCGCUUCCCCGAGACCCGACUGGCCCGCCUCCUUCAAUGCCGUUCCAAAGAAUCCAUCCUGGAGCUCUGUGAUGACUAUGACGAUACUGAAAAGGAGUUUUACUUUGACCGUAACCCGGCUUUAUUCCCUUAUGUCCUCAAUUUUUACAACACUGGCCGGCUGCACGUCAUGGCUGAACUUUGCAUCUUCUCCUUCAGUCAAGAGAUCGAAUACUGGGGCAUCAAUGAGUUUUUUAUUGAUUCUUGUUGCAGUAGCGCUUACCACUGUAGGAAAAUGGACCAGGAUAGGGCCGAUUGGGAGGACAGAAGCGAUGAAGGCAGCACUACUUCGUCUUUUGACGAUUUAUUAGAGUUUUAUAAUGACGCAUCAAAGUUUGACAAGCAGAUUUUGGGGAGUGCGAGGAGGCGAGUCUGGCUUAUGCUAGAUAAUCCAGGUUACUCUGUGGCCAGCAGAAUCAUCAGCAUACUGUCUAUACUGGUCGUGAUUGGAUCCAUCGCAACUAUGUGUAUGAACAGCAUGAGUGAGUUCAGCCUAUUGGACAGUGAGGGACAACCCAAAGAAGACCCCCGGUUUGAAACUGUUGAACAUUUUGGGAUUGGCUGGUUCACUUUGGAGCUCGUAGCCCGCUUUGUUGUUGCUCCAGACCUCUUGCAAUUCUUCAAUCAUCCUUUAAAUGUUAUCGAUCUCAUCUCGAUACUACCAUUUUACCUCACGCUGCUUAUCAACCUCGUCAUGGAAAGCACCCCAGCUCUGGCUAAUUUAGGACGAGUGGCGCAGGUUUUACGUCUCAUGAGGAUAUUUCGGAUCUUGAAAUUGGCACGCCACUCUACCGGACUCAGAUCUCUAGGUGCCACAUUAAGAAACAGUUACAAAGAAGUGGGUUUGUUGCUGUUAUAUCUGGCAGUUGGGGUGUCUUUCUUCUCCGUCAUGGCUUACACAGUUGAAAAAGAGGACAGUGAAGAUCUGUCUACCAUCCCUGCUUGUUGGUGGUGGGCAACUGUCAGCAUGACCACAGUAGGAUACGGAGAUGUCGUGCCAGUUUCCAUAGUGGGCAAACUCACGGCCUCAGCAUGCAUCCUGGCUGGCAUCCUGGUUGUAGUGCUUCCCAUUACACUGAUUUUCAACAAAUUCUCACUCUUCUACAAAAGACAAAAACAGCUGGAGAUCGCUAUGAGGAGUUGUGAUUUUGAUGAAGGAAUCAAAGAAGUGCCAUCUGUGAAUCUGAGGAACUAUUAUGCACACAAAGUCAAGUCACUCAUGGCUAGUUUGUCCAAUAUGAGCCGGAGUUCGCCCAGUGAGCACAGCCUGAAUGAAUCCAUACAUUGA